GUUGUUUGAGAUAAUCUAUGGUUUGAGCAGGUUUGAGGUUAAAAGUGUAACAGUGAAAACAGUUCGAUUUCUUUAAAAUUAAUUAAAAGAUACUUUAUACGUAUAAUUCAAUAAAGGCCGCCGUGAGUAUGUCGAGAGCUUCUGCAAGGUUUGAUACUAAAAAAGUUAAUUCAGAACUGGUUACUCUUACUUAUGGGGCUCUUGUUGCACAAAUGGUGAAAGAUUUAGAUAGCACAGAGGACGUAAAUAAGCAAUUGGAACGAAUAGGUUACAAUAUGGGUAUAAGAAUUGUGGAAGACUAUUUGGCUAAAACAGGCACAGGUCGUUGCUUAGAUCUAAAAGAUACUGCAGAUAAGAUUCAAAGUGCUUUCCGUAUGUACUUAGGUGUACAGCCAAAUGUUGUAAAUUGGAGUCCUGGUGGGGACGAAUUUUCUUUUUUAUUAGACAGUAAUCCUCUUACUGAUUUGGUAGAGUUACCUGAGGAUCUCAAAAAUUUAAAAUACUGUAAUAUUAUAUGUGGUGUAAUUCGUGGUGCACUUGAAAUGGUGCAAUUGGAUGUUCAGUGUUGGAUUAUUCAAGAUAUUCUGAAAGGUGAUGCUAACACUGAAAUUCGAGUUAAAUUUAUAAGGAAAUUAGAAGAUGCCAUUCCAGCAGGAGAGGAGUAAACAAAGUAGAAUGAAGUAAAUUUUUACUGAUUUAUUUAUAACUUACAAUAAAUAUUUAAGCUACUAAUACAAAAUCAACUGUU